AUGGUACUCGCAAAGAUCAACUUUGGUCAGAGACAUCAAUCUCUUGUAAGAGGGUAUCUGAAAAGUGCCAAGGAGAUGAUCUGUGAAAAUGGUGAGAUCCAUAUAACUCAAAGGACAGAUGGAGGGUUUGAUGCUUGGAGAAUAGAGUUUAUUGCAUCUCAGCUGGGGCUUGAGCUUGAAGAAGCUUUCUCCUACUUCAACUUUCCACAUUCUGGGAUUUUCAAGAGCCGAGGGGGGCGCCGCCACAUAUCUCAGAUUCGCUGUAAUCAAGCGCUCGUGCGGGAGUUUCUGGGAAAUGCCAAGCAACUGUUGGGUGAAAACGGCGAAAUCCACAUCACUCACAAGUCAAAUGGAUUCCACCUGAAAUGGAAUAUAGUUUCGCUCGCGAUUGAGCAGGGGCUUGAGCUUGCAGACUGUGUUGAUUUUGAUGUGAGUGAGUAUCCAGGUUACAGCAACAAGUAUGGAUUUGGAGGUGACAGGAGCUUUGACUUCCUUCCUUGUAAGACUUACAUGUUCAGACAUCCUGGUAAGUCCAUCCUGCAAAUCUGCAAUUGAGAACAUGUAAGAAAAUUGUUAAAAUAUGUUUGAUAUAGAAAGAUUAUGUGUGUUU